CCCCACAGGGGCCCAGCCUGAACCCCCUCCUCAGUCCUGCUCUCGGUCUUCUCUCUGACCCAAAUCCUUCCAGGCCUCAGAAUGUGACUUCGCGGACCGGUUCUGGUCGGCUGGAACUCGUUGGACCCCCAUGGCCUCCGCUCCCUCCGCCUCGGCCCUGUCCGCGGUGGUCCGCUGCCGGGGGAGGAUCUGGAGCAGGAACCCGCCGGCCAAGCGGCCUGGUCCGGCCAAGCGGCGCGGAGACUCGGCUGAGCGUGGCGGACAGAACCGAAGCUCCGAGCGGAAGGUUCCGACCCGGGGAGGACCCUCCGUGGCGUGUCGGUGGGAGGUCUUCAGGAAACAAGCGGAACUUUCUGCUGUGAAACUUUGGGUUCCUGCUGCUCCUCCCGUCCGGACCGGACCGCUGCUGCGGGUUCUGACCCCCUCCUCCUCUGUCACCGUGGGUCUGGUCCCGCCUGGAGUCCUGAAGCUCACCGUCACGUCCCGGUUCCUCCCGGAAACCCUCUGUCUGGGGUCAAAGCUGAAGGUCACCUGCUGGCCUUCGACCUCUCUGCGGUCCCGGGUCGGGCCCGUCUGGGUGAAGAUGUUCUGGUCCAGCUGCAGCAGGAGGUCCGGAGAUCCGCAGCGACACCUGCUGGAGCACAGGAGCCUGCAGCAGGCAGAUGGACGGACGGCGGCGUCCUCGCAGGACAGGGUCGGUUCUGGACCAGAGGUGACCCGAGACAGACCGGACCAAGAGUCCAAGGCCUCCGGUCCAAAAAUAGUUUGAACGCUGUGACCUGCCAGCGCUUGUUGACUCUCAGAUACAAGAACUGGACUUCAGCCGGGUCACGGAUCAAAACAACCCCCUUCUUCUGCUCGUUCAGUUUUCAGGAGUUAUUUUUCAGAGAAGAAACCAGAUAAAUUGAUUUCAUGUC